CAUUGAAGAUGUAGAUGCAGAAUUUCACAAAAUUAUUCAGAAAAUCUAGCUUGUUACCUCCAGGACAGCCAAUUAUUCUUCGAACCCCAGCCCAAACAGGAAACAGUACUCCCACAUCUAAAAAUGCUGACCUAACAAUUAAUUCUUUGCCAACACCAACAUUUGCUAUUCCACCAACUCCACCUGAGACACCAGAGGUGCCUAAUAGUUCUUCAGAAGUUGAAAUUGCAAGUAGUCUUACAAAUGAAGAGGCAUUAGCUGCACCUCUAGCUGAUUUAGAUGAAAUCUUGCAAGAAAAUGAGGGUAACGUUACUCCACAGAAAGUGACAUAUAGGAAAAAAGAAAGAACAUUAUCAAAACAGGACAAAGCAAAAGCAGCCUGUAAUCAAGGUAAAGAAUACACCAGUAUGAAAGGAGUAAUAGUACAAGCAAGACAGAUGAGACCACCCUGUGUUAACUGUAGAUUUAAAUGCCAUGAGAAAAUAAGUGAAGAGGAGCGAGAUAAAGUUUUUAAAAAAUACUGGGCUCUGGGAGAGAAGCAGAAGCAGGAUGGUUUUAUUCGUGAGUCUAUAACAAUUAAAAAACCAGCUGUACAGAAGACUGGUGACGGUGUGACUCCAAGAGCUCAUACCAUCAAGUAUUCUUUUAAAUUUCCAACUGGACAGUUGUUUGUAUGUAAAACUAUGUUUCUAAACACACUGGGAAUAUCAGAAAGUCCAGUAAGGACACAGGUAGAGAAACUUGAAAGAGGUGGCACCGUUACUUCUCCAGACAAGCGAGGCAAGCACCCCAAAAUUCAUCCUGAAGAAAAAAAUAAACAAGAUAGUAAUAUAAAAGAGCACAUUGGUUUGUUCAAAACAGUACCUUCACAUUUUUGCCGCAUGAGAUCUAAAAGGAAAUAUUUGUCUCCUACUCUCACUAUCAGGCAAAUGUGGCGGCUUUACAAAACUUGGAUGUCAAAAAAUAAACCUGAUGAAGCCAUUAAAUCAGAAAAAAGGUACAGGAAAAUUGUUUGCACUCAGUUCAACUUAGGAUUUCACAAGCCAAAGAAGGAUCGCUGUGACUUAUGCCUAGUUUAUGAAAUUGGCACAGCUGUUCAGAAAAUGAAAUUGCAAGCAAAGUUUGAUGAGCAUUUAAGAAAUAAGAAGAACGCAAAAGCUGCAAGAAAAGAAGAUGAAAAGAAGGCUAAGGCAUGUAGUGACACUGUCUGUUACUGCUUAAUGGACUUACAACAAGUUAUUUCCUUGCCAAAAACAGAAGCAGGCAUGGUGUUUUACAAAAGGAAGUUGUCAACUUAUAAUUUCACUGUUUAUGACAAAACUUUCAAGAAAGGAUAUUGCUAUCUUUGGGAUGAGAGUGAGGCAAAAAGAGGAGCCAAUGAAAUUGCCACAUGUGUCCUUCUCUUUAUCAAGAAAAAAGUUUCAGAAGGAAUAACAGACUUUUUUAUUUGGUCAGACAAUUGUGGCGGGCAGAACAAAAACAAAUAUUUGUUUUCUGCUUACACAUGGGCUGCGGCUCAGUAUAAUAUCACUAUCACCCACAGGUACAUGGAACGUGGCCACACUAUGAAUGAAGCUGAUUCAAUGCACUCCACAAUAGAAAAAGCAGCACGAUAUGAGCAAAUUUAUGUUCCCAAGGAUUUAGUGCCCAUCAUUGAGAACGCUAAAAGGAAAGGGAGCAAGUACGAUAUCAAGCUUGUUGGCCCAGAUAUAUUAGACUUUCAUCCACUGGCAGAUACUUUGCAGAAUUGGACCAACAGAAAAGCAAAGUGGAAGAGUGUAAGAGAAAUUGUUGUUGAUGGAGAAAAUCCUGGCAAAGUAUUUGUGAAACAUGACCUCACUGCACCUACCGCUGUAGAAAUCAAAAUAACAAAGGUAGGCGGCCAAGUUAACUUAACAACGUAUUUGGUCCCCAAAGCCUUUGAUGGUCCUUUGCCGUUGAAAGCUAAAAAACUAACUGACUUAGCAAAUUUGUGCAAUGAACUUGUGAUACCCUCUCAUAAGCAUGAUUUUUACAAAGGACUACUGAAUUUCCCUGACUUGAAAAACCCAUUACUUAUUUUUGAUGAUGCCAAUGAAGAUGAAUUGAGUGAGGAUGAAGAGGCAAGACUGACAGCAGAAAGAGAAUUUUUAUUUGAUUAUGAAAAUGAUGAAGAAGUCGAAGAGUCUGAUUAUGAGGAGGAACUUCAAAUUGCAAAGGAAAAUAUUAGAAACUGCUCUACUGCUGACAAGGAAGAUGGAGAUAAGUCUGGUCCAGGUAAGAAUCCUGAUGUAAAUAAUAACUCUGAUGAAGAUUUUGUGGAUAGUGACGCAGAUAAUUCAGACAAUAUUCCCUACCAGGAUGAGAGUACAAAUGAAAGUUUCAACGAAGCAAGUGACAAUUAAAAUGUAAAUUUUAACUUUAAGUACUAGGUUCUUGACUUUUUUUUCCUAACUGACAGAGUCAUAUCUCACA